GCUAGGGGAGGGCGCGGCGGUGGCAGCGGGAGCCCGCGGGAGGGAGAGGCGCUGAGAGCCCCGAGCCGGCACCAUGAACCGCUUCAAGGCGUCUCGGUUCCGGCACGCGGUGGCCAAGCCGGCCCGCAAGGAGGCCUGGAUCAGGGAUGUCCGAGCCGGCUCCACCAUCUCCUGUGGGAACCAUAUCAAGUCCAGCUGCCACUUGAUAGCGUUUAAUGCUGACUCGGCAGGCGUGUUGGGCAUUGUGCCGCUGGAGAGCUGGGAUGGAAGGAAGAGGGCUGUGUCCCAGCUGUGCUGCCAUUCAGACGUGGUGACGGACUUUGACUUUUCUCCGUUCGACGCGCUCCUGCUGGCGACAGGCUCCGCUGAUGAAACCGUGAAGGUGUGGCGCCUGUCUGAGAGCAGCCAGGACCUGCCCUCCUGCCCUGGAGUGACCCUGGGGCCAGCAGGGUGCCAGGUGGAGACACUCCAGUUCCACCCGACAGCAGAUGGCGUACUGGUGAGCGGAGCUGGGAGAACGGCAACGGUCUGGGAUGUGGCCCAGCAGAAACCCCUGACGGCACUGGAACCUCACGGUGACCUGAUCCAGAGUGUGUCCUGGAAACAAGAUGGCGCCCUCCUCGGCACCUCCUCUAAGGAUAAGAAGCUGCGGAUCUUUGACCCAAGGACCAAGCCAGCUGCAGCCCAGGUACUUCCUUCUUUCCUUGGUCUGCCAGCAGGGUGGGGGAGAACGAACGGACAACCUGGGAGGAGCAAAGCGAAUUAGAGAUUGGUGGUCAGAUACCAUGGUGAUGGGCCCAAUAGAAGGAACUGAAUCGACCCGAGUGCUACAAGCGCAGAUAGUCCAGAGCCUGUCUGUACGGGAUCUUUGUUGCAGAGGUCUGAUAUUUG